AUGAGCACGCAGGGUGACCUCGACAUUGGCCUCGCUAGGCAGUUGUUCCUGCAGGCGACCGAACACUGGCAGCAGACCUCGACGCGGACCAUUGCCCAGUGGGCUACAACCCUUCUCUUGCUUCGCCUAUCCUGGCUGGUGAUCUAUAGGCUCUACUUCCAUCCCCUUGCCAAGUAUCCCGGUCCUCUACUAUGGCGCACCAGCAUCAUUCCCAGUUUGUACUAUGCGUGGACUGGCGAUAGACACCUGGUCGUGGAUAAGUUGCACAAGAAAUAUGGCAAGGCACUGCGCAUGGAGCCGAACCUCGUCUCGAUAUGCACAGCGAACGCUAUAAAGACAAUGUAUGGGCCUGGCACGAAAUUCGAAAAGGCCAUGUUCUACACCCGUGGUCCCAAGGAAAAGCAGCUGCUCCUGAAUCUCGCAAGUACAACAGACAAGACGGUUCACGCACGCAAGCGCCGCAUCAUCUCGCACGCCAUGAGCGAAGCCGCCAUUCGGUCCUACGAGCCCACAAUCCUGAAUAAGAUCCAAUUGUUCUGCAAGAAUCUCAGCGACCCCAGUACCUUUGGUGGCUCAUACAAGAACAUGUCGCGCUGGUUUUCGUACUUGACCUACGACAUCAUGGGGCAGCUCACCUUCAGCCAAAGCUACGAUAUGUUGACCAAGGACGACCAUCACUUUAUCCAGCCCUUGAUUGACUCCUACCAGCACAGUCAGGUUAUUCUAGGAACUGAGCCCAAGCUGGAUCAGUGGGGACUGGCACCUCUGUUCCUCCUGAAGAUCAUGGCGGAGAACAAAAAGUUUCGCCAGUAUGUCGACAACCAGGUGAACAAUCGCAUUGCCCUCGAGAAGGCCGGCAGAGGGCCGCCCGAUAUCUUCAAGCUUCUGCUGGAGCACAAGGACAAGGAGACUGGUGAGAGUAUGGGCUUCAAGGAGCUUUCCGAUGAAGCGGUAGUCCUGAUUAUUGCCGCUAGCGAUACCACCGGCACGGCUCUGUCUGGGCUGUUUUUCUACCUUGCCCGCUAUCCGGAGUGCUACGACAAGCUAAAAGAGGAGAUCCGAUCGCAGUUUUCCAGCCUGGAGGAGAUUGUCGGUGGACCGAAGCUCCUCGGUUGUAAAUACAUGGGUGCCUGUGUCGAGGAAGCCCUACGUAUGUCCCCCGGAGUUCCAGGAUUCCUAACCCGCGAAGCUCCUCAGGGCGCCUCCAUCGACGGCUACUACUUUGCACCGCAUGUCCAGGUCGCGAUUCCAACAUGGACCAUGCACCGCAAUCCAGACGUCUAUCCCGAGCCACAGAUCUUCAAACCGGAGCGCUGGAUGGUUGACUCGGAUGUGGAGCGACAGAAACUGCGAUCCUCUUACUACCCCUUCAGUAUGGGGACUCGUGGAUGCAUUGGCAAGAACAUGGCAUAUCAUACGAUCUACUUGACCAUUGCACGCUUGGUGUACCAGUUUGAGAUUGAGUCACGAGAGGCGCUGCCCCUGGAAUUCCAUGUCAAGGAUCAUUUUGCAGCUGGGAGCAAGGACGGGCCGUAUCUCAAGUUCACGCGGAGGACAGGAGCUUAG